UCCCCUGUCCGACCCACCGUCAGGCCCCGCUCCCUCUGGUGCCUGCGGCGGCGGCGGAGCAGCAUACCUACACAAAAUGGCCGCCAUAUUCUCCUCGCCGCCGACUCUCGGUCGCCGGCCGAGCUUUUACCCCGCCUCCCCCGGCCUCGACCCCCGGCCGCCGCGACCCGGCGGGGCCCCUUGGAAGGCCACCCGCUGACCCGGGCUCUCUGUACCCGGGUCCCGCGGAGUUCGGGGGCCCGAAAGGCACAAAGGGAUCACGUGACGAAGCUGUCGGCAGCCAUUUUGUGGUCUUAGUUCUUGGGCUGGGCCUUGUGCUUCCGAGGGGAACCGGCUGGGUGGCGGUGGGGGUGCGGCGAGCCGGGAGUCGGGGAGGGCAGCCUGCAGGCCCCUCCUCGAGCCGCUGGGUGGCGCUCUAGGGCCACGCGGCCUUCGCGCCGCUGCCCGAGCCCGCAGCGCAGGUUCUGUGCGCAGUCGGGGAAUUCGACUUCCCGGUGGCCUGAAAAGCUUGCUGGGCUCCAUGCAGCCCCCACGUGGAGCCCCAGAAGGGCAUGUAGUGUUUAACGCUGACUGCAGGUCUGUGAGGCUUAUUUUCUCCCUUCCCUGCGAGGAAAUGUCGAGGGUGCUGCGUGUCUGCCCGGACGACUGACUUUCGUAGAAGAUAAGACUUAUUCGCAAUAUCCUCUUUCUGGGACUUGUGCAUCCCUCCUUCCCCGAUGCUAGUUGGUUGGAGGAUGAUAAGCUGCUCUCCCUGACCUUUUCUUUGGGCCUGUGAGACUAGGUUGCUGAUUUGUUUGGAGUACAUGGUUCUUCUUAAGCCUGUAGCUUUAUUGUUUUUAUUUGUAAAAUAAAUUUAAGUUCGCAUGCUUUCUGGUCUCUCAACAUAGGGGACGAAAAGAUUCGACUUAAUAUUAUAAGAUGUAAAUUCCAAAAGAGGGUCCUUUCUUAUUCAUAACCGAACUGAAGUGGAUUUUUAUUCGUAGAAAUCUUAACAUUGAGAUGUCUAAAUUGGGUGGGUUUCAAUAUUUAAAUGACGGUUUACAGCCAAUGGACAUGUUAUCAUAGCUGUGGCUUUACCUUGUUGGAAGUUGGGUUCAGACACAAGGAUAAUAGAAUCUUCCUCUCAUUUCUCCCAGAUGCUUGACAGUAUAACUUGAUGACUUCUAAUCCUAAGGAAUUGCAUACCUUGGUUUUCAGGAACAUCAUCUUCAGCGGGCUAUUUCAGCACAGCAGGUGUAUGGCGAGAAGAGGGAUAAUAUGGUUAUACCAGUCCCAGAGGCAGAAAGUAAUAUUGCUUACUAUGAGUCUAUAUAUCCUGGGGAAUUUAAGAUGCCAAAGCAGCUCAUUCACAUACAGCCUUUUUGUUUGGAUGCUGAGCAGCCUGAUUAUGAUUUGGAUUCCGAAGAUGAAGUAUUUGUAAAUAAACUGAAAAAGAAAAUGGACAUCUGCCCAUUGCAGUUUGAAGAGAUGAUUGACCGUCUAGAAAAAGGAAGUGGUCAGCAGCCAGUCAGUCUGCAGGAAGCCAAACUACUGCUAAAAGAAGAUGAUGAAUUAAUUAGAGAAGUUUAUGAGUACUGGAUUAAAAAGAGAAAAAACUGUCGAGGGCCAUCUCUUAUACCAUCAGUAAAACAAGAGAAGAGAGAUGGUUCCAGCACAAAUGAUCCUUAUGUGGCUUUUAGAAGACGUACUGAAAAAAUGCAGACUCGAAAAAAUCGCAAAAAUGAUGAAGCCUCUUAUGAAAAAAUGCUUAAGCUGCGUCGAGAUCUAAGUCGAGCUGUUACUAUUCUAGAGAUGAUAAAAAGACGAGAAAAGAGUAAAAGGGAGCUAUUACACUUAACACUGGAAAUUAUGGAAAAGAGGUAUAAUUUGGGUGACUACAAUGGAGAGAUCAUGUCUGAGGUUAUGGCACAGAGACAGCCAGUGAAACCUACGUACACCAUCCCCAUCAUUCCUAUUGCUAAUAGCAGUCAGUUUAAACAUCAGGAAGCAAUGGAUGUGAAGGAGUUCAAAGUUAAUAAGCAAGAUAAAGCCGAUCUUAUCCGACCGAAACGGAAAUAUGAAAAGAAGCCCAAAGUCUUACCAUCGUCUGCUGCUGCUCCCCAACAGACGAGUCCUGCUGCACUGCCCGUCUUUAACGCUAAAGAUCUGAAUCAGUAUGACUUUCCCAGCUCGGACGAAGAACCUGUCUCCCAGGUUUUGUCUGGCUCUUCAGAAGCUGAGGAAGAGAAUGAUCCUGAUGGUCCUUUUGCUUUCCGUAGGAAGGCAGGGUGUCAGUACUAUGCUCCUCACUUAGACCAAACUGGCAACUGGCCUUGGACUAGUCCUGAAGAUGGAGGAUUAGGGGAUGUGCGAUACAGAUACUGCUUAACUACUCUCACCGUACCCCAAAGGUGUAUUGGAUUUGCACGAAGACGGGUUGGGCGUGGUGGAAGGGUCUUACUAGACAGAGCCCAUUCAGACUAUGACAGCAUGUUUCGCCAUCUGGACUUAGACACGCUUCCCUCACCGCAGCACUCUCCAGCCGGUCAGCUUGCCAAUACCUCAGAAACAAAUACCUCGGACAGAACUUUCUCUAAAGACCUCAGUCAGAUACUAGUCAAUAUCAAAUCACGUAGAUGGCGGCAUUUUAGGCCUCGGACACCAUCCCUACAUGACGGUCACAAUGAUGAACUCUCCUGUAGAAAAUUGUGUAGGAGUAUAAAUCGAACAGGGACAGCACAACCCGGGACCCAGACAUGCAGUACCUCUACGCAAAGUAAAAGUGGCAGUGGCUCAGCACACUUCGCAUUUACAGCCGAACAAUACCAGCAACAUCAACAGCAGCUGGCACUAAUGCAGAAACAGCAGCUUGCGCAAACUCAGCAACAGCAAGCAAGUAGUAAUUCCUCCACCAACGCUUCACAGAACCUUGCAUCUAACCAGCAGAAAAGUGGCUUUCGCCUGAAUAUACAGGGUUUAGAAAGAGCAUUGCAGGGUUUUGUUUCUAAGACUUUGGAUUCUGCUAGUGCUCAGUUUGCUGCUUCUGCUUUGGUAACGUCAGAACAACUGAUGGGAUUCAAGAUGAAGGAUGAUGUGGUGCUUGGAAUUGGGGUGAAUGGCGUCCUUCCAGCCUCAGGAGUCUACAAGGGCUUACACCUCAGCAGCGCGACUCCAGCAGCACUUGCGCAUACAAGUCCAUCGGCAGCAGGUUCAGCUUUGUUACAGCCUUCAAAUAUCACACAGACUGCAGGUUCCCACAGUGCACUGAGCCACCAAGUAACUGCUGCCAGUGCUGCGACAGCUCAGGUGCUGAUUGGGAACAACAUUCGACUAACUGUACCUUCGUCAGUUGCCACUGUAAACUCUAUUGCCCCAAUAAGUGCACGACACAUACCUAGGACUUUGAGUGCUGUUCCGUCGUCUGCCUUAAAGCUGGCUGCCGCAGCGAACUGUCAGGUUUCCAAGGUUCCGCCUUCGUCCUCGGUAGAUUCAGUUCCAAGGGAAAAUCAUGAAUCAGAAAAGCCAGCACUGAACAACAUAGCAGACAAUACAGUAGCAAUGGAGGUGACGUAGCUUCCUCAGGAGCGGAACUGCAGCCUGGGGACUUGAUUAGGUGCUAUGCAUCAGUAGCAUUUUGAAUGCAAGGGAUGACAGAAUGCAGCACAUGCAUUUCUGUGGCAGCUGUGGAGACUUGACAGCAAUGCUCAUCUCUCAUGCUUCAGUUUUUCUUUCCUUACUGUUAAUAGGAAAAAAUCAACAUCUGUAAAUUAAGAAUACAGCAAUUAUCUGUACAGUACUGCAUAUUUGUAAUACCCUUGUAUAUAUGUUACUUGAAUACAGAAAUGUUCAUUCGUGAUGCUUUGCACUUGGGGGUGGGGGGGUGGGAGGGAAAUAAAUUGCAACAAAGAGUGUGAGAUGUGAGAUUGUAUAGAGAUGAAGUGUCAUCACAUCAUGUGCAUGGUGCGGAACCUGCUGUUUUAUCUAUUUAUUGUGCCGUGUUUACAGUUUUUUGUACACUGUACCUUCAUUGGUUCCUGUGCUGUAGUAAAUGUGUUAGGUAGCUGUGGACUCCUUGGUAUUUUGUAAAUGGUAUAACAUAACUUGGUUCCCCUCUGGGUCCUUGAGUUUUCUGUGUAUCAUGUGAAAAAAAUGGUGACAUACAUACAGAAUUUUACAAAAAAAAAAAGGCAUCAGUUUUUUACAAAAUGGGGAAUGUACUGUUAAGUGGGGAUCUUCCUGGUCUACUAUCAUUAGGACAAGUAACAAGCUAAAAAUGAAGUCUCUUGAAUCUUCCCAUCCCCCACUUGCCCACAGAGCUAUGGGCGGUUUCUGGUACUGAAAGCACUAAUGUUACGUUGCUGCUCCACAGACAGCCCAGUAGCCCCAUUUCCUUCCACACCAAAAAGUGUUAAAUCAAGUAUGCAAAUGGAGUCCUUACAACUGGAGUUUAUGUUGUCUUGCCCUUUUUCUAGCACAAAAAAAUGUACUUUUUUAUUGUCAGAUUGUUUGGAAGACUUCAUUCUUUACUUGUUCUUACAAAAGGAUAUGAGGGAGAAGAAUGCAGUAAUUGCUGUACGUGUAUCAUCAUUCCAGUUUCUAGAAACAGCCAGCGUUUUUCCUUUUAAGAUUCUCCAGAAGGCUGCAAGGCCAGAGCCACAAAUACCGGGUGCCUUCCUCUGGGAAUGUCUGACCUCUCUUCUGUGAAGAGAACGGCGCUGGCAGACGACUGCUAGGGCUUUGUCAGUGCCGAAGUCUGAAUGCCCAGUCCAAUGGCAUACAUUAUCCUUAAGGUUUUUAAUCCCACCUGGAAAAAUUGUGAUAGAAUUCUCACAAAAUAAACCCAGGGCAUUACAUGUUGACAAACUAA